GCCCAAGAUUGUCCUCGCCAUGUCCGGGGAGCCUCCAUGCGAUGGUGGAUCCGUCCCGAUCGACAACAGUCUCGAAAGGCCACUGCUUCACCCUGACCGACACGAGUAUUGGCUUUGCAGUGGAGGCUAUGGCGCGCAGUGACUGCUAGUGUGGUGCCAUCUGUAGACUGUCACAGGGAGUGUUUUUGCCGGAGGGGACGUAUAAAACGAAACAAAGCAGGCGACCAAGAGGGUGGAGCGGUCUUAGGGGUACAGUAUCACGGCCGACUCUUACCUCAUUGACCGCGCGGUGUGUCUGUCUGCUUUGUCGACCGAGAGACUCGAGGGCACUUUUAUUUACUUCACGUCUACCUAAAGUCUAUGGCGACUACACAGUCCACCAACGACCACAACACCAGACCCCUCGAACAAGACGAUACUCAUUCUUCGACAGCGACUAUGACUUCGAUAUCGGAGAAGGAACGGAAGGGAUACAACCCAGAUCCAGACGUUGAACAUGGGUUCCCCGUCAUUGACCCCACAGAGGAUGAAGACGAGAAACCAUCCCGGAUCGACACGCGUGAUGACGACCCAAACAUAGUCGACUGGGCUACGCCAGAUGAUCCAGAAAAGGCUCUCAACUGGACCACCAAGAAGAAAUGGACCAACGCCGGCAUCAUCUCUUUCAUCACAUUGUUGACCCCGUUGGCCUCGUCCAUUCUUGCUCCAGCCGUGCCACUGAUCAUGAAGGAUUUCGGCGAGACCAGCGCGACUGUCGGCAGCUUGAUCGUCUCGAUCUAUGUCCUUGGCUAUGCAGUUGGUCCGCUGUUCCUCGCUCCUCUGUCCGAGGUCUAUGGCCGUUUGCCAGUCUACCAUGUGUGCAACUUUCUGUUCAUUGUGUGGACCGUCGCCUGCGCCGUGGCGCCCUCGGUCGGCCCUCUGAUGGUGUUUCGACUCUUUGCUGGUAUCGCCGGGAGUUGCCCCAUCACCAUCGGUGCCGGUACUAUUGCAGAUCUCUUCAUCCAGGAGCAAAGAGGUGGCGCGAUGGCUUUGUUUGCGAUGGGCCCGAUCCUUGGUCCCGUCAUAGGACCCGUUGCAGGCGGAUAUCUGGGAGAGGCUGCCGGAUGGCGUUGGGUGUUUUGGCUCGUUGUUAUUACCGCCGGUGUGGUCUUUCCCGUCUCUGUUGUCUUCCUGCGCGAGACCUAUGAGCCAGUCUUGCUCCAGCGUCGCACCGAGCGACUUCGGAAGGAAACCGGAAAUCAAGAACUACGUUCGAGAUUGGAUAAACAAAUGUCGAUGCGGCAAUACUUCUGGCAAGCUAUUGUGCGGCCGUCGAAAAUGCUCAUCUUCUCCCCGAUCGUCCUGACCAUGUCUUUGUACAUGGCAGUUGUAUAUGGCUACCUCUAUCUACUGUUCACCACCAUUACGGAGGUCUUCGAAACGACCUACGGGUUCAGCCAGGGUUCCGUUGGACUCGCCUAUUUGGGCAUGGGCGUCGGUUCGUUGCUGGGUAUCGUCAUCUUUGGCAUCGCUUCGGACCGCAUCGUGAAGAAAAUGUCGGCAAAGGGCGAAAUGAAGCCCGAAUAUCGUCUCCCGCCGUUGAUUCCCGGCAGUCUCAUCAUCCCCAUCGGGCUUUUCUGGUACGGCUGGUCAGCAAAGGCCGGGAUCCACUGGAUGAUGCCCAUCAUUGGCACCUCUUUUGUCGGUCUGGGCAUGCUGGCCUGCUUCAUGCCCAUCCAGACCUAUUUGGUCGAUGCAUACACUGUGCAUGCGGCUUCAGCCAUUGCAGCCAGCACGGUCAUGAGAAGUUUGGCCGGCGCCUUCCUUCCUCUCGCAGGCCCAAGCAUGUAUGACGCCUUGGGUCUGGGUUGGGGUAACUCCACCCUUGGGUUCAUUGCCAUGGUUAUGGCGCCUGUCAGCUUUCUCCUGUACAAAUAUGGCGAGACGAUUCGCAAGCAUCCAAGGUUCCAAGCGAGGUUUUGAGCCACGUUUCUCAAACAAAAAAGGGGGGCCGGCAUGUGUUGAUAUUGACAUGUCAGGCGGGUUAGAACAGGCGUUCUCCGAGCCGGUUUGUAAAUUGGCACAGCAUUUUAUUGCAGCGUACCGAGCCCGGGUUUUGAUUGGGAAGUCCGUCGUGCUUUAAUAGACUCUCGCAUUCUCUCAGUUUACUCUACUCAUGAGGUUGAAAAUAUAAAAACUUCAACCAUAAAACUUCAACUAUAAAAAUUUCAACUAUAAAACUUCAACUAUAAAACUUCAACUUGUCAUGAUGUCCUGCCAAUGGCUGUAGUGACGCUCUCAUAAUCAACCAUGCAUGUGUCCUUGGGGAAAUGUGACCAGGGUAGUCUCAUGGCCACAUGAUGCGAAUGUUGCAGGAAUGGAGGGGCAAGGCGGCACGCUCGACGUGGCACUUGAAUUUAUGUUGCUAUCUUUCCGUCUUGUCAUAUGGUUGUUUCGUCCACAACAUCCCGCGACAUCAGAAACUGACCACACUGCCCUAUUCAACAUCCACCAUCUCCUGUUCACACAUCCGCCAACUAAAAUGUCUCACACUGGCUGCCCAAAAUGUGGCGCGUCCAUCACUGGAGGCAAGACCUGUGGCUCUUGCGGCGCGACUUGUCCACGAUAAUUACGUCCCAACGUCGAAGGGCCCUAUCGGAUGCGUUAGUGGUGAUGAGUGUUGACGAACCGUGAUGAUGACGAAGUUGAAAGGGGCUCGUGUGAAGGAUUGCUCCUUAGCACCAAGGCUACGAGUAUGAGACGACGCUAAGGAUAACGAUGUCAACGACGUGACGGCCAUUGCUCAAGUUUGAAAAUGAGAGUCUCUGCAUCCCAAACAUGAUGUAUGUCUUUUGAUAGCUCUAUGGAGGUACCACCCGGUCAAGAAAGCCCAGCAGAUCCCGCAGCUCGGCCGUUGCAGUCGAGUGACCCAUACCCGGGUAGAGAUGCACCUCGAUGUCCUCUUUGUCCACCCAUUUGGCCAACUCUUCCAUGCCCUGCGCGAACAUUUUGGUCGGAAUCAACAUGUCCAUUGUUCCAUGGACGUAGAACCAUUUCUUGCCGCCCUUCUCUGGCAACUCGGCUUCUUCUGGGCAUCCUUCGGGCCGUCUCUCCCUACGCAACUGCGCAAUUCGGUCUCUCAGAGGCAUGUAACCGCUCAGACACACCAUUCCUCCAACCUCGUUUUUGAACCGGCUCGUCAAACCCCAAACUAGACUGACGGCACACCCCUGGCUGAACCCACCGACGAGGAUGCGCUUUGCUGGGGUGCCAUUCUUGAUCUCUUCCUCCACCAACUUGUCAAUGAUGUCCACGCUUUUCAUGAUGGCUACUUCGUCGUCAGGCGCAGUUUCGUCCUCCUCGUGGCCCGGUACGCGUGGCUUCAUGGCAUUUGGCAGGGCCUUGGGAACGUACCAGGCCCGUGACAUUGCUUCGUGAUUGUGAGGGGCAUAGGGAAGGACCCAUUUCAGGUAUUCCAACUUGUUGUAGAACUGGAACUGCUGCGCAAUCCCAAGAGGGAGGCCAUCGGCGUCGUCGCCGUAGCCGUGUAGGAAUAUUAGCGUCGCCGCACGGUCGGGCGAGGAUGAGGGUUUAGUAGGAGGAACAAUGUACGGUGGCCUGUCAGACAUAACGUUUCUUUUUUUCGAAGGUUGACAACGG